CUCAAACUGGUGUGUUUUCAAACAAACAACUUUGAGGAAUCUGGUGUUUGGCAAUUUACGCUUUCCCUCGUUUUAUACAAGAACCCACACCAAUUCCCAUUUAUGUGACUUGCUUGUUUUCCAACGCACGCCUCUUUCUCUUGAAGAAGCUCCACUCCUAUUGCAAAAAGUUAAUUAAGAAAUUUUUAUAGUACAUCUUAUUUCUCUUGUAUUCUUCGAAAACGUAUGAUUAAAUUGAAUUGAAUUGAAUUGGAAGAGGAGAAAGUUGUUCUUGGGGAGAGAAUUUAUAGCUUGAAUUGGGGGUACUUAUACUAAUUGGAAUGCUCAAACUUGUCUAGCAGAAUUCUUCGCGGCGGCAGUUCCUAACUUUGAGAAAAUGUUUUUCCUGAGUCAAAUCGAGCACUCUUUGAUGUUGCCCCCUCACCUCCUCAAUCGACCGCUAGGCGAAGCCAUUAAAGAGCAGCUCGACUCAAUCUUCCUCGACAAGGUUAUUGAUAAACUGGGCUUAUGUGUGAGUGUGUACGAUAUUCGGUCAAUUAGUGGUGGUUUCAUACUCCCUGGUGAUGGGGCUUCCACUUACACGGAGAAGUUCAGGCUGGUAUUUUUUCGUCCGUUUGUGGGAGAGAUCAUAACAGCUUGGCUUAAAGAAUCUACGAUGGAUGCUUUACGAUUGUCGCUUGGUUUUUUUUAUGAUAUAUAUGUACCUGUCCCUUUGUUGUUCUCUCCUAACCGCAGUGAACUGGACCCAGGACAUAAGAAUAGGGUUGCUUGGAUCUGGAAUUAUAAGGAUGAAGAUUACCGAGUGGAUGGAGAGGAUGAGGUUAUUUUGCCCGCAAUUCUAUUCAUUUCUUUGACAAGUGUUCAACCUUGUAUGCGCCCACAUAAUUUUCUUGCUUGGUUGCUGAUAAGAUUUCAAGUCCAUGAUGUGCGCUAUCCGCCUAUACCUUUAGAGCCGAAAGAUGUCAAGCCAUUUGCCCCCAUGGUGGUUACCGUACUUAUUAGAAUCGUUGCCAUUUCAUUCUCAUGGUUCUCUUGAUAUGGAUGGUGUAGGGCCUUCUUCUUGGUGGGUGUGAUUGAGGAGAUAGUAGUAGUACUAAUUAGGAAUAUUGUCAUUGCUAGUUAUGCCAUUCUUAACAAAUUCAAGUAUUACAGUGCAGUAUGACAUUUAUUUUUUGGCAGUUUGGUGAAAGUGUUAGAUAACUCAUAACAGGUAGUGAAGUAUGACUAUUGACUUGUGUAGCUCCAUAUUUCCAUUUGAUAUUCUAAUAUUAGAGCAUGCUA